CCAGUGCUUUCUUCUCCUUGCUGCUGCGCGAGGGUUCGGUCAGUUUGCUCGGCGACGCCGGGUGCCCUCGCCCCCGUCGCCGUACUCGGCUGUGGGUUCCGUUCCUCGCCUUCCUCAUCGCUCCGUCGCCGUCCCAUCCCCUUCCGGCGACGAAUUGGGCAGUCUCCCUCUCCGUCACGUUCUCUUCCCUUCCGGCGAGAGCGGCUUCGAUCGGCCGGCAUCUCAGUAUAUUUUGAGAAAAUGGAUCCUGAGGACUCUAGUGACUUUGAGGAAGAAGAGGAAGAGGAAGAUGAAGAUGAUGAUGAUGAGCUGAUGCUGUUCAUCUUGCCAGCUUUAUACCUAGCAACUACUGAAAUUGAAACUCCAGUUCGAUGUUGAACAUCAAAGCUUAAUGCUGCUACUGGGAUUGAAACUACAGGUCAAGCAUCAGUGUUUGGUGAUGCAAAAUGGAUUUGCAAAUUGCUUGAAGAUGACCGGGGCCAAGGCUAUGGUAUACUUUGAGUUGAGCCUCAUAUUCUCCUAGAACUUUCACGCUUUCUUAGGUCAAAGAAUCUUUUGAGAAAUACUAAGGGUGUUUCUGUAGAAGGGAAAAUUGGCAUGUUUAUUUACAUGUUAUCUCGAAAUGCUAGCUUUCAAAAACUAAGUGACAGAUUCAAGAACAGUAGAGAAACUAUCCACAGACACAUCAAGGCAUGCUUUGAUGCAGUCACUGCAAUGACUGGUGAAUUCAUCAAGCCACCUUCAACUCAAACCCAUUGGAAAAUAUCAUCUGAUCCAUGUUAUGGGCCUUACUUUGAGAACUGUAGAGGAGCAAUUGAUGGAAUUCAUGUCCCUAUGACAAUAUCAGAUAGUGAAGCAGCUCCAUACCGAAAUAGAGAAGAAUCCAUUUCUCAGAACGUGAUGCUUGCCUGUGAUUUUGAUUUGAAUUUUGUCUAUGUUUCUUGUGGCCGAGAAGGGUCUGCAUCUGAUGCAGCAGUCUUAUAUUCUGCUAUUGAAUCCGGAUUUCAAGUCCCAGUAGGCAAGUACUAUCUGGUUGACGGGGGUUAUGCAAACACGCCAUCUUUUCUCGCUCCUUAUAUAGAUGUCCCUUACCAUACUGAAGAGAAAGAACAGGGCAAUUUCCAACCCCGAGACUACAGAGAGCUUUUCAAUCUUCGCCAUGCACAGCUGCAUGGACACAUAAAGCGUGCUGUUGGCCUGCUGAAGAUGCGAUUUCCAAUUCUAAAUGUUGCAACAUCUUACCGAAAAGAUACUCAACUGAAAAUUCCAGCAGCGGCAGUAGCUCUGCAUAACGUAAUUCAGAGACAAGGAGGUGAUGAAGAAUUGUUGAGUGACCAGACAAUCCCAUUUGUGUCCCGUAAAGCUGUGACUCUUCCUAGUGGUGAUGAUACAUAUGGCUAUGAUGUUGCAGCUUUCAACAAUGAAUGUGACAUGGGUAAUGCAUUGAGGGAUGGUAUUGCACAGAGGAUGUGGGCGGAUUAUGAAAGAAGCAUGUAUAUGUCUGUUUUCGGAACCGAACAGUCUGGCCAAAAAGACUGUCAAGGAGAGUAAGAGACCGCUCAAUUUCAAACUGCAUUUAGGUUCUAAGUGUCAUAUGCUACAGAUGGUUUGUCUGAUGAUGUCCAGAUCCUUGGCCCCUGAUGCACUUGCGGAUGUGAUGAACCAAGUUCGAACCAUGAAUCAAGACUUGUUGUAUGGCUUCUGGUUGAUGAUGAAAGUAGUUAUGCCUUGUACCAAGCUGAUUCCCACCUGUAGGUUGGCAGGUUCACACACUGCAUCUAUCAAUUAAAUUAGAUGUCUAAAAAUAUGUGUAUCUGGGAAUGCUUUUAUCUGAAGAUGAUGAAAGUAGUUGUGCCUUGUACCAAGCUGAUUCCCACCUGUAAGUUGGCAGGUUCACAUACUGCAUCUAUCAAUUAAAUUAGAUGUCUAAAAAUAUAUGUAUCUGGGAAUGCUUUUAUCUGAAAAUGAUGAAACUUGCACCAA